AGGCGGCAUCCACAUUCCGCCGAGAGCCAGCAUUAUUUUUGUUUCGCGGUCGGCAUCCCCGUACGCCGAUUUGGCAGGCUCUCACCGCCCGCUUUCCAGCUUUUGCAGUCGAUCGUCUCUCUGACAUCUUUCUACCCACGGGGAACACGUUGUCAUAGGGCUGCCGGAGACUCGGAACGGCGCAGGAUGUCGGGAUCCCUGCCUUUCUACCAGAAACAUCACCGCCACUAUGACCGCGCUUACCGCAGCAAGGAGCUGCAGUCCGCGGUUAGCCAGUACCGCCAGUCCAGCAGUUACGCGGCGCAGGGUAGCGCAAGCAGCAUCAGCAGCAGAGGACUGAGGGCUUCUGGGUACUCUGCGGUUGAGGAGGAGAGCAAAUCGAGCCCCAUAGUCAAGAGAGCCAAGCCCACGUACCUGGCCGUGGACAAAGAGAAUCAGAUCAUCGGCUACGUCGUUCCCGUCUUUAGAGGCAGUCAGGAGUUCGCCAGCGGCUUGUCCGACACGGAGGAGGCACGGGUGAAGGAGAGCGCUGGCCACUUGGCUCGCAGGAGCCUGUUCGCCAGCAAAAUGGAGGCUGAGAGGGUGGAGCAAACUUCCAGGCGCUAUGCCAUGAGGGAGUCUGCCGAACGCAUCUCUUUGAGCAAGAAGAUCUACGAGAACGAGGAACAUCACCGGCGGAUGAAUGAGGACAGCCUGCAGCACGCUCCGGAGUUCGUGAUCAAGCCGCGCUCCCACACGGUGUGGGAGAAGCAGUGCGUGAGGCUGCACUGCACCGUGACUGGCUGGCCGGAGCCUCGUGUCGUCUGGUACAAAAACAAUGUCACUAUCGAUCCGCUCGCACAUGCGGGCAAGUAUAAGAUUGAGAGCAGCUACAACGUCCACUCGCUGGAGGUUAACAGAUGUGAUUUCGAUGACACCGCGCAGUAUCGCGUAUCUGCCAUGAACUCCAAGGGGGAGCUCUCUGCCUUCGCCUCCAUCGUGGUGAAAAGGUUCAAAGGAGAAAUAGAUGAGUCUCUCCCAGCUCCUAGACAGCCCGGCUUCUGCUCUGAGUACGGCGUCACCUUUGAGACGCACAUCGUGGAGACGUUCGACGUGUCGUUUGGCCGUGAGGGCGAGACCAUGAGCCUGGGCUGCACUGUCAUCAUCAAUCCCACAAUCCAGCGCUACCAGCCUGAAGUGCAGUGGUACCGGGAUGGCGUCCUGCUGGAGCCGUCCAAGUGGGCGCACAUGCACUGGAGUGGGAAUCGCGCCACCCUCACCCUCACGCACCUGAACAAGGAGGACGAGGGCCUGUACACCCUGCGGGUCUCCACCAAGUCUGGCUACGAGACCCACUCAGCCUACGUGUUUGUCAGAGACGCGGAUGCCGAGCUCCAAGGAGCCCCCACAGCCCCCCUGGACGUGCUGUGUCAGGAUGCCAACAAGGAUUACGUCAUAGUGACAUGGAAACAGCCAGCUGUGGAUGGGGGGAGCCCCAUUCUCGGCUACUUCGUAGACAGAUGUGAGGUGGGCACCACUCACUGGAUCCAGUGUAAUGACACUCCGGUAAAAUUUGCCCGGUUCCCUGUGACGGGCCUGGUGGAGGGGCGCUCCUACGUCUUCCGGGUACGCGCCGUCAACAAGUCGGGCAUGAGUCACCCGUCCCGGGCCUCGGAGCCCAUUGCCGCCAUGGAUCCUGCCGACCGCGCCCGUAUGAAGGGUCAUACCACGGCUCCUUGGACUGGACAGAUCAUUGUCACAGAGGAAGAGCCUGUAGAGGGUGUGGUGCCAGGGAAACCCCAGGAUUUGGUUGUAAAUGAGGCUACUAAGAACUACGUGGUCUUGAGCUGGAAGCCUCCUGGACAGAGAGGGCAUGAGGGCAUAAUGUACUAUGUGGAAAAGUGUGUGGCUGGCACAGAAAGUUGGCAGAGGGUCAAUACUGAUAUCCCGGUCAAGUCUCCCCGCUUCGCCCUCUUUGACCUCUCGGAGGGCAAGUCCUACCGCUUCCGUGUUCGCUGCUCCAACUCAGCCGGAGUCGGGGAGCCAUCUGAACCCACCGAGGCCACCGUGGUUGGUGAUAAGCUGGACAUCCCCUCAUCUCCGGGUCGCGUGGUGCCCACAAGGAACACAGAUACGUCGGUAGUGGUUUCCUGGGAGGCGUCCAAGGAUGCCAAGGAGCUGGUGGGCUACUACAUCGAGGCCACUGUGGCUGGCAAGGAUGCUUGGGAGCCGUGCAACAACAAGCCAGUGAAAGGCACUAGGUUCGUGUGCCAUGGCCUCACCACGGGAGACAGCUAUACAUUCAGGGUGCGGGCUCUGAAUGCCGCCGGGCUCAGCGGGUUCUCGCAGGAAUCCGAAGCCAUCGAAGUCAAAGCUGCCAUCGCAUCCCCGGCGCCCCCAUAUGGCAUCUGCUUGCUGGAGAGCGUCCGCGACUCCAUGGUACUUGGCUGGAAGCAGCCGACCUUCAUCGGCGGGGCCGAAGUCUCCGGCUACUUUGUGGACUACCGGGAGGUGGUGGCAGGAGUGCCGGGCAGGUGGCACGAGGCGAACAUCAAGGCCAUCAGCGACAGAGCCUACAGGGUGACGGACCUGAAGGAGAACAAGCUGUACCAGUUCCAGGUGCGUGCAGCCAACAUGGCGGGAGUGGGACACCCCUCUAAACCCAGCGAGACGUUCAGGUGUGAGGAGUGGACCAUCGCCAUUCCAGGACCGCCCCAUGACCUCCAGUUGUCGGAGGUGCGCAAGGACUCUCUGGUGUUGCAGUGGAGGCCGCCAGUGUACCAGGGUCGUGACCCCGUUAACGGCUUCUACAUUGACAUCAAGGAGACAGAGGCCCCCGAGGAGGCGUGGAGAGGCGUCAACGAGAAGGCCACUAACAAGACGUACAUGAAGAUCAAGGAGCUUAAGGACGGGGUGUCCUACGUGUUCCGGGUGCGUGCCCAGAACAAGGCUGGUGUGGGCAAGGCCUCCCAGGCCACGGAGCCAAUCCUGGCCCAGACACGCCCAGGCACCCAGGAGAUCGUUGUGGAAGUGGAUGAUGAAGGCAUGAUCUCGAUGAAUUUUGAGUGCUCUGAGAUGACGAAGGACUCAAAGUUUGUGUGGUCCAAAGAUUAUGAGGAAAUCAAAGAUUUUGCUCGCCUAAACAUGGAGACCAAGGGGGGAAGGUCAAAGGUCACCUUUAAGACCCCAGACCAGGAAGACCUGGGCAUCUACUCCUGCAUGGUAACACACACAGAUGGUGUCUCUGCCAGCUACACCUUGACCGAGGAGGGCUUGAAGGAGCUCCUACAUAUUAGCCAUGAUCACAAGUUUCCCAUUAUCCCCCUGAAGUCGGACCUGGCCGUGGAGCUGCUGGAGAAGGGCAGGGUUCGCUUCUGGCUCCAGGCUGAGAAGAUCUCCGCCAAUGCGAAGGUGGACUACGUGUUCAACGACAACAUCCUGAGUCAAGGAGAGAAAUACAAGAUGAACUUCGACAAAAACACAGGAGUCAUCGAGAUGUUCAUGGAAUCGCUGGAGGCCAAGGAUGAGGGGACAUACACCUUCCAGAUGAAGGAUGGGAAGGCCACCAACCAGUCCAGCCUGGUGUUGAUUGGCGAUGUAUUUGAUAACCUCCGAAAGGAUUCCGAGUUCCAGAGGAAGGAGUGGACCAGGAAACAGGGCCCCCACUUUGUGGAGUACCUCAGUUAUGAGGUCACCCCAAACUGUGUGGUGGUGUUGAAGUGUAAGGUGGGGAAUAUUAAGAAGGAAACUGUGGUCAUUUGGCAUAAGGACGAUCGGGAGGUGAAGGUGGACGACAAACUUUCCUUCACCGAGGGUGUGCUGACCCUGGAGAUCUCCCAGCUGAGUACCACUAAAGCCCCGGGCAAGGAGGGAACUAUUUCGAAGAAAGACGCCGGCAUCUACCAAGUGACCGUGAAGGAUGACCGAGGAAAAGACACGUCGGUGCUGAAACUUGUCGACCAAGGUUUCAAAGACUUGAUGAACCAAGUAUUCAGUGUUAUCGCCAACUCAUCCACACCGCUGAAGAUUCAGAGCACAGAGGAGGGAGUGCGACUCUACACCUUCGUCAACUACUACAACGACGAGCUUCACGUCACCUGGCACCACAAGGACUCCGCCAUCACCUUCACAGACCGGAUCAAGAGCGGCGUGGUGGGGGAGCAGCUCUGGCUGCAGAUCAACGAGCCCACAGAGAAGGACAAGGGCAAGUACGCCAUCGAGUUCUUCGAUGGCAAAGGCGGCCUCCGCAGGAGCGUGGAUCUGUCUGGCCAAGGGUUUGAUGACGCCUAUGCGGAAUUUCAGAGGCUGAAGGCUGCCGCCAUUGCAGAGAGAAACCGAGCCCGUGUGGCAGGAGGACUGCCCGAUGUGGUCACUAUCCAGGAGGGCAAGGCCCUGAACCUGACCUGCAACAUCUCCGGUGACCCUGUACCUGAGGUCACCUGGCUGAAGAACGAGCGCGAGCUGGUGUCGGAUGACCACUACAUCCUGAAGUUCGCGUCGGGCAAGUUCGCCAGCUUCACCAUCACCACGGUGAACACGUCCGACUCGGGCAAGUACAGCAUCCUGGUGAAGAACAAGUACGGCACGGAGAGCGGAGACUUCACCGUAAGUGUCUUCAUCCCCGACAGUGAAGAGCAAGGCAAGGCCACCAGGAAGGAGAAGAAAUAGACAAAAGAGCAGCUGCCGUAUCUAGGAAAAAUGAAAAAAAAACACUUGCGCAAAAUGAAUCGUGUAUUGUGAAUGGUUCUUGAGCUAUAUGCUGGGAAAUGGAAACGGGAUUUUGAAACACUGGAAUUCCCUUGCCUUCCCCCGGAGCUUUGUCUUCUGUCUGGCUUCGGACUGACCGAUCGAUCGGUGUCCUCCAUCAGUCACUUAGCUUUGUUUAUUUUAAAGACCAGCGGGUGCAUUUGUUUGAAGUAAAAAAAAAUAAAAAUCUAAGCUAUGUAGACAAACUGAAUUGCUGUUUUGCAGAAAUGGGGCCUGUGUCCCAUAGUCACAUAAACAGUGAUUGCGUGCUGUCAGAUGAUCCUGUAUGCAGACCACAUGCCCGUACCUGUUGAUCCAUUAGACCCACGCUAAAUUUAACUUCUUGGAAAUAAUGCAAGCCAGCAGAGAAGAGAAAUGGGAGAGCACAGGAAUGUAGAGGUGUACAGCCCUCUGUAAUCGAAGCAGCCCCCUAUUGGGGGGCAAACCUGGGUUUUCUCCUGAGUAAUGGGUGAUUGACAGAAAUAUGCAUGGGGAAACUGUGCAUCGUUGUGUGUGUGUGUGUGUGUGUGUGUGUGUGUGUGUGCGCGUGUGUGUUCUCUCUACUACAUUGACUGUUCCUGAAUAUCAUCAGUAUGUUGCCUCACACGGCACACUCUACUUCCACCCCUCACCUCAUACCACUCCAGCGGACUAAUAAAGUAAAGCGAAGUGCC